AUGGAAGAUGUGUUGGAGGAAAACCGAACAUGUCUACGGGAACGCAAGCAAGAUUUCGUAGUUUCGAUCACAAUAUAUAAAGCGCGGCACUUACGAGAGCUGAACAGCAAUACUUUUGUUAUGGUGGCCUGUAACGGCAAAUAUAAACGAACCAGAACUGCAUACCGUACAGGAAAUCCAUACUUCAACGAUUAUUUCAGUUUCUCCUUGCAUUGCUCAGAGAAAAAACUUUUGACAAGAGGUGUACUGUUCGGGUUAUAUCGUGCAUCCAUUUGCACAACUUUAAACUCUUGCGUCGGCGAAUGCUACGUUGAUCUAUGCACUAUAUGGGAGCAAAAAGAUCAUGCUUUCUUUAGGAAAUGGAUUACAUUUGUACCCACCGAUAGAGCUGCGUCGAAUGAAAUCCCCUGUGGCUAUCUUAUGGUGGAUGUGUCGAUAUCUUCCACCCUGGAAAAGUUGCCUCCCGUAAUAUUUUGUGUAGAAGAAUACGAAGACAUUGAAAUGAACAUAAUGCUUCCGUAUAAAUCUAGCAACGUACCACGAAGAGUCCGAUAUAGUUUCAACAUAUUUCGAGGGGAGUUCGUGAGUAAUGCAGAAUAUGCUAUUCGAGUUUCGUACGCAGGAUCAAAGGUAAUCUUAAAUUCAUUGUUUUGA